GGCGGAGUGCGAUCGCUUUCCCCUCCCCAGGGGGAGGGGAAGCAGGCGGCCCUCGCCAUGCUCAUCACCGUGAAAACGCUGCAGCAGCAAACCUUCAAAAUCGAGAUCGACCCGGAGAAGACGGUAAAUGAGGUUUGCCCCGAUCAGGAAAGAGUGUGUACUCCAUAUUGACCCAAUAGUGAUGCUACUUGUUUGAGGCUCUUAAGCCACGAUGAAUGGGUUUUACAACUGGCCGGUCAGGCAAAAGGAAAAAACUGAGGAAAGUCAGUGCUGGUGCAAGCAUUGAAAGAAUGUAUUGAAGCAGAAAAGGGCACUGGUUUCCCUGUUGCUGGUCAGAAACUCAUAUAUGCUGGAAAGAUUCUGAGCAACGAUGUACAGCUCAAGGAAUACAAGAUCGACGAGAAGAAUUUUGUUGUCGUUAUGGUAACAAAGCCUAAGAGUACCCCCACUGAAACAGGAUCUGUUUCUACGGUUACACCAUCUGCCACACAGUCGCAGCUAGAAGGAGAGGAGAAACAGAAUGCGGAUGAUGGAAGCCAGGCCCAGACUAUUACCAGCUCUGUUUCAAUAUCGAGCUCGAUGCCCUCUUCAGGGAGUGAUAUACUCUCCGCCCCGUUGUCAGUCAGCGAUCUGCACCCUGCUCAAGUAUCAAUGAUCGACUUAAUCUCGGAACCAGGGUUGCAGAGUGACUUGCCUGACCACUUGCCCCAUGAUGGUGCUAACACAACACCAGUGAGGGACACGGCUUACGAGACCAUGCUGUCAGAAAUCAUAUCGAUGGGUUAUGAGCGUGAGCAGGUGGUGGCGGCACUAAGGGCAAGCUUCAAUAACCCGCACAGGGCUGUGGAGUACCUGUUGACGGGUAUGCCUGAUAGUCCAGUGCAGGAGAGUGCAGUGUCUCAAGAUAGUCUUGAAUCUGGUCCAUUAACUAACCCAGGGCAACCAGCUGAGAACCCUUUGGAAUUUCUCCAAGAUCUGCCCCAGUUUCAGAACAUGAGGCAAGUACUUCAGCAGAAUCCAUCAAUGUUACCUGCCCUGCUUCAGCAGCUGGGCAGAGAGAACCCACAGCUACUACAGCAAAUCAGCCAGCACCAAGAACACUUCAUCCAGAUGUUAAAUGAGCCUGUGGAGGAUGCUGCUGAGAUUGAAGGGGAGAUGGGAGCGGUUGGAGAGGAUACGUCGCAAUCAAGCUUUGUUCAGGUUACACCCCAAGAGAAGGAAGCCAUAGAGCGGUUAAAAGCUUUGGGUUUCCCGGAAGGCCUGGUCAUUCAGGCUUAUUUUGCUUGUGAGAAGAACGAAAAUCUGGCAGCAAAUUUUUUGCUGCAGCAGAACUUUGACGAUGAAUGAAGAACAGGGAAGAGACUCCCGGCAGACCUUGGAGGUCCGAUGAUCUGCUCUCCAGCGUGUGAACCAACUUCAGUAGAAACGCUGUCAAUCAGCUCUGUACGUGAAUAAUGAUAGGAAUAACUAUUAGAGACUGUACAUUACAGUUCAUGGUGGGGGCUAGAAACACAACUAAUUUUAACCUGGAAGGCUACAAGUUGAAAUGGGGGAGAGUUGGGGGUUCUUCAAUAUUAAAUCAAAAGAAAAUUGUAAAUAUAACUUGUUUACUGGGUUUAAAGAUUUGUUUUCACCUCAUAUAAUUCAAGAUUAAACCCACCCAAAAAUGGGGAACAUGGGGGGUGUGAGAGGAUCUGUAUUCAUCUGCCUGGAUAGUGAGAGCGUUCCCCCUAAUUUUGUGAAUCCCGGAACACCAGUGCACUAACUGCCUACUUUAAUAGCAGCCGCUUCUCAGCCGAUGUGUGCAGGACAAAUGGGUACUUGACUGGACCUUGUUUCUAUUUUAUCUUCCACGCCUUCGUUUUCACAUUCACCCUUUCUUUGUAUGUCUGUGUUUAGUGGAAUAUCUUGCAUCUGGACCAUCGUGUGACAACAGUUUGCAACCAAGUCAUCAAGAUCACAUUGUAAAGUGGUUCAUUUCUUGCACAACGGCUACGGCCUAUGGGCCUGUGGGGUACGUUAUUUUUUUCCUGUUAGCCCACUUAAAAAAAAAUGAUUACGACAAGGGGAUAGAAUUUUGUUUUCUUCACGGUGUCAUUAUCGCUUUGUCAAGACAAAGACACCUGUCUUCAAGAGUUUCCGUGUAAUUAAAGGUUAUUUUUAAUUAA